CGAGCCGGUGCCAGAUCGUCUUCCAAGGUCGAAACCACAGAGAGCAGUUCGGCUCCUACAUUAUAUGAGGACGAAGGGGAGAUUGGUCAGCUGAAAAGAAAAUAUGCGGCCGAUGUGCCCAAGCUCAAGGAGCUGUUCCCCGACUGGACAGAUGAAGAUCUGGUCUUUGCCUUGGAGGACUCAAACGGCGACCUGGAGAGUGCGAUUGAGCACAUCACUGAAGGCAAUGUAUCUCAGUGGGGCGAAGUGAAGAAGAAGAAUACGGACCGGUCCCGAUCGAAGGCCAAGGAAGUGUCUAAGGCUCAAGGCAGCGCCGCUGAAACGGCCCCUUCCUCGACCCGCGGAGGCCGUGGACGUGGUGGCCUCGAAGGUCGUGGACGCGCCCGUGGCGACCGUGGUCGCGGCGGCCGGGGAGGUCGAGCUGGUGCUCAGGUCAAUGGCACCCGUGCAGAGAAGCCGACGACAACAUCCACGACCGCAGAUGCUGCAGAAGGCUCUGCUACCACCAACAAUGCAGACGCUGUUACGACGAAGAAGCCCACGGAUACGGGUGAAUCGACGGAUGCCACGGACGGUGUCAAGGAGACCGCCAAGGAGGCUCCUAAGCUGCCAGAAACCACGAAGAAAGGAUGGGCGAGCUUGUUCGCAAAGCCUACACCUCCUCCUCCCCAGAAGAAACCUCCGCCUCCCGCUGCACCGGCUGCAGAAAAUCCUUCCGAACCCGCGACCGAACCUAAACCUGCCGAACCUGUGCCCACCGCAGCAGCAGAGACCUCCGAGGAGAAAGCACCGGAGCAACCCGCUGCUCCUUCGACCGAGCCAACAACCACUUCUACCGAGACUAUUGAGCCUCCGAAAGACGACCUGACGAAGACGAACCUCGAACAAGUGCCCGAUCACCGUGGCGAGCGUCCAGGACCCUCACACUCUCACCCCCGUAACCCCCAGACUCGUCCCACCAGACAAUCUAGCUAUGCAGCCACUGCCUACAAAGCAACCGCAGGAUCGGGUCGUGGCGCCAGCUUCCAGCGUCGGGUCCUCGAACAGGAGGAGGCCGUUGUGAUGCCAGCAAAUCAUGCUGUCGACCGUGCCGCCGUCCAAUUCGGCAGUAUGGGCUUGAAUGGCGAUGAAGAAGUGGAUAUCGAUAAAGACAGGGAGGAGGCAGAGACCCGGGCCCAGCCUCCCCAGCAUUCUCCUGUCGCUCCUCGCGCAUCGCUCCCACCCUCGACACAGACCCAAUCAUCCGCGGACACGCCGUCGGUUGCCCGCCCCGCACCAGGCUUGCCUCCUGUUCCCCAAGCGUCCUCUGCUGACGCACCUUUCAAUGACUUCAGCCGAUAUGGCGACGCCCAGAAGCCGUAUGACCCGUUCAGCCACCAGACCUCCCAGCCGCAGCCCCAGGUUCAGGAACCAUUCUCGAACCAGGCACCAGCUCAGGCGACCGCGACGACGGGAAGCGAGUAUUCUCCUUUCUAUGCUGCGGAUCAGCAGCGUCUUCCAUACAACUAUUAUGGCGGAUAUGCCCAAUCUCAGGAUGCCACUGCCGCUCAGAGAGCCGCCGCUGGCUUCGGCGUCUCUGGAGCUGAAGUGCAGCCUCAUGUCCCCUCGACCCAGCCUCCAAGUCGCUACGGCCAUGCAGAAGCCCCCAACAGUGGACACAAUACCCCUAACCCAACGCUACCUGGUGCGACGCAGACACCGUCUGCGCAGCACAUCCCGGGAACCCAGGCUGCCCAUGGCGGCUACGGUUACGGAUAUCCUUACUACUCGAAUCCUCACUAUGCGUCUUACAUGAGCCAGAUGAACCAGCACCAGUAUGGACGGAAUCGCCCGAUGUACGACGACGCACGUCGGUAUGACGAUCACUACAUGCCACACAGCACGCAGUACGGAUACGGUACUCAGUACGGUCCCUACGGCAAGGGUGGCAUGUACGGCCAACCUUUCUCUUACGACCAUUCGUCUUCGCCCGCCAACGCUGGUGCUUUCAACCAGGGAUUGCCUGGUCGCGAUUCAGUAUAUGGCCGUACGGGUUCUGCACAGCCUGAAAACCAGCAGGCUGCUGCCAACAACGCAUUCGGCUCCGGCAUGCCGGACGUGUUCGGACGCUCUCAGUCGGGCUUUGGUCAGAACCAGCAGAUUUCUCAGCAGCAGCCGGUGAGCUCUGAAGAGACCACAAAGGGCUUUGAAGCCUCGAAGACUGGUGGACCAAGUCCGUCACUGGCUCAAGCCAACCGCCCUGGUUCGGCGACCAACAGCGCUCCGGGACAGCCUCAGUCGCAGACGGGCCUGCCUCCCUUGCAGGGACAGCAGGGUCAACAGGCCUUUGGUGGCUAUCCUCACCUGAACCCCCAGUACGGCGGUCUGGGGGGACUUGGUGGACACCAGGCGGCCGCGACGCAGAGCCACCACCAAGGAACUGGAUACGGUAAUUAUGGAGGUGCAGGGUUUGGGAACUAUUACGGGAACACUGGACGUGGGGGAUGGGGAGGCAACUACGGGCAUUAA